AUGAAAAUCCAUUAUAUUAAUAUAUUAUUGUUUGAGCUUCCAUUAAAUAUAUUGAUAUAUAAUCAAAGGAACCAUAAAAGCACCACACCACAUACACCAAAUCAUACACAAACCACCAGGUUAUUAUGCGAAUGUGAAUUAUAUUCACCGGCCAAUAAUGAUAAUGAUGCAGAAAUGAAAAGGGUGAUGCAACAAUUUGAGGAUCGUACAACACAACGAUUUCACGAAUAUGACGAAAGGAUGAAAACUACACGCCAAAAAUGUAAAGAACAAUGCGAUAAAGAAAUUCAAAAAAUUAUUUUAAAAGACAAAUUAGAAAAAGAAUUAAUGGACAAAUUUGCCACAUUACAAACUGAUAUACAAAGUGACUCCAUUCCUACCUGCAUUUGCGAAAAAUCCUUGGAGGACAAAGUGGAAAAAGGAUGUUUGCGAUGUGCAGGUGUAUUGGGAGGUGGUAUUGCCCCAGGUUGGAGUCUGGUCAGCGGUUUAGGUUAUGCGGUGUGGACAAAUUAUGUUACACAAACGGCUCUGCAAAAGGGUAUUGAAGCAGGUGUUAAAGCAGGGAUUGAAGGAUUAAGAGAUUUUUCUGGUCUGGGUAAAUUAAUUCCUAUUUCUGUUAUACAAAAUUUGAUUAAUCAUACAAAUUAUGACAUUGCAAAGACAUAUAUUACAUUUGUUAAAAGUGUUAAUAGUACAAAGUGUGCUGUUAAAGAACACAGUUUUUGCUUUUCCACAUAUAUUUCGAAUGAAAAUGCAUUAUCCAAGCGAGCUGCCGGUAUUGCAGAAUAUGCUGCAGAUAUGGCUAAAAUUACUGAAAGAGGAGUAUUAGACGCAGCAACACCUGGUCUUACUACUUAUUCCAAUGCUAUAACAGCGUCCGUUGUUGCAAUAGUAGUUAUAGUCUUGGUUAUGAUAAUUAUUUAUUUAAUUUUACGUUAUCGACGAAAAAAAAAAAUGAAGAAAAAAUUACAGUAUAUAAAAUUAUUAGAAGAAUAG